CCAGGCUGGUGGAAAAAACUGCAGCGGCUGUUACCGGAGCCACGCAGAGAGGAGCUGUGUGCGAGAAAUCACUGGCACUGGCAAGAGUUGAGCUACACACACUCGGAUUUUCGUUGUUCUUGCCGAGGACGACGUUGUCAAAACCUGGAUUUAUGGCUGCCAAGAAGUGGUAGUAUCGGUGGGAACAUAUCCGGCGUCUGAAAGGAACAUUGGCUGCCGCAUUAAGAUGCCCUGCGGUUUUGUCUGAAUCGGAGACUUCUGGUGCUUUCAGACCUGUAACACGCAGGACAACGGGGAGCUGCAUAUCCUGGCAGGUUCCAGAAGUGGGUGCUUUCUGCUUCAAGACCCCAUGGCUGCCGCUUGAUUCAUUGCACUGUCCAGUAUCUCCCACAUUUGAGGCUUGAGAGUGUUACUACAGUUAGUUCCUGUAGCCCGUAGCUUCAUGGAGGGGUUUCCUGUCCACUGACCCGUCAGGCUGUCUCACUGGACCAGCUGCCAUGUCCGCCUGCAGCACCUUCACCGAGCACGUGUGGAAACCAGGCGAGUGCAAGAACUGCUUUAAACCUAAGAGUCUGCACUGUCUGGCUCAGAGUAGUGGAGGGAAGCCUCCUUCUGAGCAGAGGCCUCCAACAAUUCAGCAAAACUACCCAUCCCCUGCUGGAGCCAGAGCCAACACUAACCUUACCAUCAACUCCCAGAGGGCUGGCAGUGGGUCUACCCGCUCAGGACACUUUCGUCCACCGGUGGCUAAGAAGCCAACCAUUGCUGUUAAGCCCACUAUGAUGCUGCCGUGCUCCUCUGCAGGACUGGAUUCAGAUGGUAACCUGCAACGACCACCAAAUGUAAUAGAACAGGGCAAAACAUCAGCCUUCACUGUCUGGAAUCGCAAUGGACUGAACCGCAAGAGGCCUGGUGGGCCCAGCAACAACAAUGAAGGAGAGGAUGGCAGUGAGGAGAUUGAAGGUUAUGGACAACUUAGCCCAAGGACCCCUAGUGGAAAUAACAACAACAGUGGACUGACGGAUGUACUCAAGGAAAUUGCUGGGUUAGGCCCUGGCCCUAGCCCCAUGCCCCUUUCCAGUUCCGAGGACUUGUUUUGGGGAAGAAUCAGUAGUUCAUACAGACGGUCCUUGGAAAGAGGCCUUCCAGCCUCAAGCUGUCUUGCCAUGGGAAGCAGCAGUUAUAGUGGUGUAGCUAAAAAACGGGUAUCCCUUAGCGAUAGCUCUGCGGUCAUUAGCACAGAGGGUGGUCGCUUUUGCUACCCCGAGUUUUCCGAUGAAGAUGAUGAGGAGGAUGAGGACGAAUAUACUGAAAGGGAUGAUGAUGAGCAUGAGAGCUGGGAUGAAAGUGAUGAAGAGUUACUAGCCAUGGAGAUCCGUAUGCGAGGCCAACCACGAUUUUCAAAUUUCCGCGCUGCCACAUUGUCUCCGGUGCCCUUUGCUGCAGGGAAAAAGUGGAAUACGGUGCCACUUCGCAACCGCUCACUACAGCGGAUUUGUGCAGUGGACUAUGAUGAUAGCUAUGAUGAGAUCUUGAAUGGAUACCCCUCUAUGGACUCCAAUGGAGCUCUUCUUCCCUAUGGGCCCCAUGACAUGCAAGGCAGUGGUUUCCUAUCAAAUUCAGAAUCUACCACUUCUCCAGAAUCAUCGUCGUCCCUUCCAGAGGAUUCUCGAACAACUUCCAGCAGUGGGAGCAGUGCCCCCUGUGCUCUUCGAAAUGGCUUGCGUUCUCCCGCAUCUUCUAAGGCACCUUGCCCCUUCACUUCUCCCCCCAAAAAGGAGCCCGUCCACAGAGCACUGAGUCCACUCAAGGUGACUGAAACACACAAGGCUGUCCUAGCCAUUAGAUUAGAAGACCAGGAUGGCAAAGAAGGCAUGCCGAUGCCCCAGGCCCUUCCAGGUCAACCAGUCACUAUUAGUUUUAGUCCCACAGAGGAGCAGGCUAAACCAUACCGUGUAGUGAAUUUGGAAAAAUCGCUGAUCUGUAAGCCUUAUACUGUAGUUGACGUGUCCGCAUCCAUGGCCAACAAAGAUGAGCAGACUCCAGACUCUACCCCAAAACCCAAAAAUCUGUCAAUGCCUUCCAGCCCUACAUCGUUCUGUAGCACUCCUUUAGGUCAGCCCCUAUCUCCAACCUCCCCUCUUUCUCCUUCUCCUGUGAUGCCAAUGUCACCCACAUCUGUCGCCCUGUCAGGUACACCUCGAAAGAAAUCAGGGAACAUACGCUACCAAGAAGUGUGGACAUCAAGCACAAGUCCUCGCCAAAAGAUACCUAAAGUGGAUCUAGGGUUCGGGAGUAAUCCUGGCCCCUCCAUCCCUACUCAACACUUCAGCCACAAGUCAGCUCCUACUUCUCCCAUUGCUGGGCUGUCUUCCUCCCAAACUGUACCUGUGAAAUCUUCCAACUUAUCAGAGAUCAAGUUUAACAGUUUCAAUAAUGCAGGCAUGCCUCCUUUUCCUAUUAUUAUUCGAGAUGAACCAGCCUAUGCCCGCAGCUCCAAGAAUGCUGUUAAGGUACCUAUUGUUAUCAAUCCAAGUGCAUAUGACAACCUAGCUGUGUACAAGAGCUUCCUGGGACUCAGUGGUGAACUGCCACAGCCAAAAGGGGUAGGUAGUAGGGUAGCCAGCCAUACUUAUGAGGAGAUUGGAUCAUCUGAGAGUGUCCAGUCCUCCUCAACAGAGAAAACUAUCUCUGGUAGAGGCACAUCAGAGAGAGUCUCUUUUGAAGAGACAAAAUCUCCAGCUGAGGCAGUAGCAAAAGCACCAAAUGUACAGCCUAGAACCACUACAGACUCUAGCACUGUAACAAGCACUGUGAGGAGCUCCACAGUUGGGGCCCUCUUGCCCACUACAUUAACAAAUUUCCCUGCCAUUCUUGCCAUUACUGCAAACCUACCUAAAACCAGCCCUACUACCAAUGCUGUUGCACACACUUGCAAGACAAGUGGAGACGCUACUUGCAGUAAAGAUGAUAAUACAGAUUUAGCUUUGUCCUCUGGAACAGUGGUAAGCCAUAGGGAGGAGGCCAGUGCUGUGCUUUUACAGAUUGUGGCCUCCAUCCAGCCUCCCCAUUCUCCUCCAGAGUCACCCUCAGCACAAGCUAAUACCCUCAGUUCUGAGGAGCUAUAUGCCCUCCCACCUGAUGCCAUGAAGGAGACCCUCACCCGACCCAAGUCUCUCUUUACCAUAACUGAUGGCUGUCUUUCCAAACCCAAGAAGGACACGCCCUCCAAAGUUUUGUCUAAAUCUCAGAGUGCCUCUGCUGCUGUCCCACUCUCCAGCCCCCGGUCAGAGCCCAAUGCCCCAUUCCCCCCUCCUAGAUCUACGUCUUCCCCUUACCACGCUUCUAACAUCCUCCAGAGACAUUUUGGCAACUGGACCAAGAGCUCUGCCUCCAGUUCUCCUGUUCGACCUAGUGAAGGUGAAGCAAGUCCAGGUGGAGAGGCAAGACGUAUUUCAACAGAAAGCUCCAAACCCAAACGCUGGAUCUCCUUUAAGAGCUUUUUCCGUCGGCGGAAAGACGAGGAUGAGCAGAGGGAGAGGAUGGAGAGAGAGAAGGACAAAGGCAAGCUGGUUGGGCUUGAUGGCACAGUUAUUCACAUGCUUCCACCACCACCAAUCCAACAGCAUCACUGGUUUACUGAGGCCAAGCCAGAGGAUCCGACCCAGAAGCCAACCAUCAUCUUCACCUACAAACCAGAAAGUGGCAACAGCCCUGGUGACGGAGAAGGAGAACUACGAGUAGAAGAGUGCAGAGAAAAUGCACUACUGACGCCUGAAGAGAGCAAGGAAUCCAGACCUCUGAGCCCAGGGCAAACAGCACCCUCACACACCACUGGAUGUGAUCUCAUCAGCAAGGAUUUUAGCCAGGUACCAAUCAGUGCCAGCAAUGCCAGGGAUCUGGAGCUGCCCCGUGCCGCCUUCCUGCCUGCCAAAGUGAAUCUGGGGCUGGUGCAUGGGGAGGGAGAGGAGGGCCAUGCCAACCACGUUGCCACGGCAGCCUCAGCCAGCGAGUGCAGCGCCAGCCUCGGAGAGCCAGAGGAGGACGGGAAUCACUCCCAUCACUCCCACUCGCCUGCCUCCAGCCAAUGCAGUGCUACAUACAGCAACCUGGGUCAAUCCAGAGCCAACAUGAUCCCACUGAAACAGCCACGAAACAUCAAAGCAUCCAACGAUACCUUGGCCUCCAUCGACCUGGACGGCGUCGCUGACCAGCCGGCCCCCAAGGCCACACCCCCACCACUACCUAAGAAGGCUGUACCGCGCUCCAGUACCGAACCAAACCUGGGAUGCAAAGAGGCAGUCCAGGGAGGCCUGAGACCGCGGGCUGAGGCUAGGCCUGGGGGCACCAACCUGAGUGUGGCCAACCCUAUCUACGACUUGGACUCUACCUGGGAAACAGCUAGUCAGAGCUCCUCUCUCAGCUCUGAGCCUCUUCGGGUCCACGACCACGAGAGCGGUGACUCCCUGGAGAGGCCAUCAGCUGCCACGGCUACCAACAAGGGCCGCCCGACUAACAACAUGUCCUCCCUGGUUCCUCAACCUGCAUCUGCUGCACCCAGUGCCACCGCUGGCAGGGAGAGGCGGGUCUACCCGAGUACAGAGUCUCUGGCUGGAAGGGGUCGGACAACCGGUCGAGGUGCUGCUGCUGCUGCCGGAGGCUCCAACCCCCAGAGACCUGCUCUUUACAGGGGAUUAGACAGCUGGGAUGAGGUGGUGGGGAGGAUCCGGGGGCUCCACACGGACACGCUGCGGAAGCUGGCAGCAAAGUGCGAGGACCGUUUCAUGGCUGGUCAGAAGGAUCACUUGAGAUUCGGCACUGACAGCUGGUCCCACUUCAGGCUGACCACUGGGAAACCCUGCUGUGAGGCGGGGGACGCUGUAUACUACACUGCCUCCUACGCCAAGGACCCACUGGUCAACUACGCCAUCAAGAUCUGUCGGAGCAAAGUGAAGGAGACCCAGCAGCAAUUUUUCCACAGCCUUGCAGUGAGACAGAGCCUGGCUGUGCACUUCAACAUCCAGCAAGACUGUGGACACUUCCUGGCUGAUGUCCCCGCCCGCCUGCUGCCCUGGGAAGAGGAAGAAGCUGAGGAGGAGGAGGAAGAUGAUGGUGAGGAGGAGGAAGAUGCAAACAGGCUGAAGGAGAAAGAAAAAGCGAUUAAGACUGAAGCCAAGGUGACGGACUCCAAAGCUCCAAACAGUAAAUUAGAUGAAACCCCGACAGCAGGUCACAUGAACACCGUUGGCCGCCUGAGGAGCCGAGUGGUGGUCAUCACACGCGAGGUGCCCUUCCAGACGGUGGCUGACUUUGUCCGAGAAGGCGUGGCACGGCAUACUCACAACCCGGAGCUGUACGAGCGGCAGGUCUGUCUCCUGCUGCUGCAGCUGUGCUCCGGCCUGGAGCACAUGAAACCUUAUCACGUGACCCACUGUGACCUGCGACUGGAAAACCUGCUGCUGGUCCACUGCCAACCUGGCAACCCCUGGAACCUGGACGUUCUUGAGCCCAACAACAACAGCAGCAGCAGCAGUGGCGGCUGUUCUGGUGCAACCUCUGCCGGUGCUGCCACUGCUGCCGCCAAUGCCACCUGCCCCGCCCGCCUCAUCAUCAGUAACUUCUCUCAAGCCAAACAGAAAAGCGCUCUCAUUGCCUCCGACCCCGGUACGUUACGCGACCAGUCGCGCCUCGCACCCGAGAUUGUCACGGCGACUCAGUACCGCAAGUGUGACGAGUUCCAGACUGGGAUUCUCAUCUAUGAGAUGCUGCACCGGCCCAACCCCUUCGAGGAGGCGCCGGAGCUGAAGGAGCGGGAGUACACCUGGGCCGACCUGCCGCCGCUGCCGGUCAGAUCGCUCUAUUCGCAGGGUCUGCAGCAGCUGGCCAGGUUACUGCUCACCGUCAACCCCUCUGAAAGGAUCCGCAUGUCCGAGGCCCGCGCCUGCCUGCAGUGCCUGCUCUGGGGCCCUCGGGAGGACUUGUUUCAGGCACUGGGCUGCAGCAGCACGGGUCCCAUGUCUGGGGCCACUUCCAGCCAGCGCGAGGCCACCCUCCAGAACUGGCUGGAUCUGAAGCGGACUCUAAUGAUGAUCAAGUUUGCAGAGCGCUCGCUGGACGCGGCUUGCGGCGUGAGCCUGGAGGACUGGCUGUGCUGCCAGUAUCUGGCGUUUGCCACCACGGACACCCUGAGCCGGGUGGUGCACAUCCUGCAGCAGCCGCAGCCACACCUUCAGGCCCAGAACCAGGGCCAGAACCAGGGCCAGCCAGCGCCGGGCCAAACUCAAACGCAUCAAACACACACCCUCCGCCUGACUCAGUCACAGCCACUGUGAGUUUCUUCCAGCCAGCUGUUACUAUGGCAACAGAUCCAAAUUCGCCCGUGUGGUCCCUCUGCUGACGCUAAUGAGUGAUGCAAGCUAAUAGUCAGCUUUUGUUGUUGCAGCAGCCACAGGGCUCACCUAAAACUGAACAGCUGGUUGUGCAAUGUCUGUGUUUUCUUCACGGACAAGUCACUCCAUAGAGUGAGAGGCUGUGUUCCCAUCAAACAGGCUAGGCUUCAUGAUCAGCGUUAUUCUUAGCACUCAUUAACCACAGCGGGAUGGUUAAGAGUCCAGCAAAUGAAGUGGCUAUCCACCAUUCUUCUCUGAACCAGUCCAAGGCAAACUGAAACAUUGCAGUGACGUUCCAGACAUCUCAUCAUUCACUUUAGCUGGUCACAUCUCGUGUGAAUUAAAACACUCCACCAGUUCCAGAUUGAAGAUAUUUACCAGUUGUGUGUGAGGGAUUUCUCGAUUUCUAUGGGGGUUUUUUUUAUUUUAUUUUUAUCCAAAUUCUGCAAGACUACAGACUUGUCAUGGCUGCAUGUAAGAUAUUGUUUGCAUGGCAGCUGUCUCCAGGAUUUAUUUGAGGCACUGUCAAAUGGAAAACAUUUGAGAUUUUACAAUAUUCUAUAGAAAAGAUUCAUCAGAAAUUUAAAGAUGCACCAGAGUUAGUUUCCUUCAAAGUACUCCGUUUCUGUAGAGAAAACUUGAGAAAGCAUCAGAAAUGGAGAUUUAACUCACAGUGUUGUAUUUCAGUUGUUUUAACAGUUCAUUCUGGAAAAGACGCAGAUUUGAAAUCUGUAAAGAUGAAGGUAGGAAAUUUGGAAUGAAGGGAAUAUAAAAAAAAAAAAUGUAAGAGAAAAUUCUAAACAGAUUUUCCUAACCAUGAAGAG